AUGCAAAACGCAACAUACCAGAACUAUGUGAUGUCUGAUGUUUUGGAGCAAAUCGAAAAGGACUGUGAAAGAUACUGUGCGGUGCCACGGAUUCCGCCACAAAAGGUGACGAUAAUUGGCGCCGGUAGCGACGUCGGCCGUAUCGCGGCCCUCUUCUUAAAGCAGCAGAGAGUGGUUAAGAAGUUGGCGCUUUACGACGACGAGAGCGACAAGUGCGUGCUCGGUGUGGCGACGGACCUUGCGCACAUCGACACCAGCACCGAGAUCAGGGCCUACCACGGCCGCGAGCAUUUGGGUGACGCUCUCAAAGAUUCGGACGUGGUGUUGAUAUGCGGCGGGCAGUUCACUAUGCCGCCCUGCUGCUGCACCUCGGACCGGGAGCUGUUCUUCAAGAACAUGGAGCGAGUGCGCGUUGCCAGUAUUGCUAGCGCACGCUUUUGCCCGUACGCCGUAUUGGCGGUGCAGACUCCGCCCGUCGACUGCAAUUUCGCCCUCUGCAUGCACACGCUGAAGAUCGCUGGAGUGUACGACAAACGGCGUCUUCUGGGCCUUAACGCUAUCAACUCCAUGCGUGCCAACCAGCUCUUCUGCUCUCUCACUGGCACGGAUCCCAGCACUUCGCAGAUGCCCGUGGUGUGCGGCACCGGCCGCUGCACCAGAGUGCCGGUAUUCUCCAAGGGUAAAGCUGGAAACUUUCCCCAGACCCAAGUGGACUGCCUGACUAAGUUAGUUAGGGAAGCUGACGAAAUUAUUUGCAAGGUCAAAUGUAACGAAGAGCAAGGGCAUCUUUCAAUCGGCUUCUCUACAGCUAGAUUUGUGACCAGUAUAAUGCAAGGUCUGUUUGAGAAAACAACAUUUAUCGAUAGCGCUUUAGUGGAGCAAGCGCAUCCCAAAAAGUGCUACGAUAUGCCCAUCUGUGCCACGCCCGUUAGUAUUGGAAAAGGUGGCAUUGUUGAAUACGCCGUUCCUACGCUCAAUGAGGCGGAAACGAAACUACUGGAAGAGAGCAAGUAUGCGCAUUCACUUGUCAAUUGG